AUGGAUUCGACACAUAUUAAAAAUAAGUUUAACACGUAUGACAGUGACAUGUAUUCCCAAUAUGAUUACCAUUUGGAUGGAACAAAAGAAGAUCCGGAGGAAAUACUUAGACAAGCUCUACGAUCAUCUUACAGUAGAAGAGCAUCAGUUAGUAUUAUUAAUUAUGACCACAAUGAGUUAUUUAUAUUAUAUUAUAUUAUCGUUAUUUAUAACUAUAAUUAUUUUUUCUUUUAGAUAUCCACUAAAGCUCCUACAGGUCUUCCAUUACCAUUUGCCACAACACCAGUAAGAAAAAAAAUAAUUGUAAAUAGUUACAUAAUGUACAUUAAAUUAUAUAAUACAAUAUGUAAUUUUCAUUAAGCAAAUCAAAGACCCACACGCAAUGAUUUUAAGACCUGAAAGUUCUAGAAGUGGAUCAGAAUCGUCAAAUAGACCUGCAACAGCAGUACGAGGUGCUGGUUAUACAUCACAUUCAUCAACGUAUGAUGUUUUAAGUCAACCUUCGAGAAAUAUGAUAAUGUCAGAACCAAAUAAAGAAGAAAGGUUCAGUGUACUGUUUUAUACCUACAAAUUAAAUAAUAUUUACAUAUAUAUAUUUUUUAAAUAUAAUUUAAUAAUAUUAGAUUUUUCUAAAUAUAAUGAGUGUGUUAAUAAAUCAAAUAAAAUAUUUUAGAAUUGAAGAUAAAAUAAAAAAACUGGAAAAGCGCAUUAAUGAUUUAGUUGAUGAGGCGUGUAUGGCUGAAGCUAGAGGAGAUUAUCAGCUGGGACUGGAGAAAGCAAAAGAUGCUUCAAAUAAGGAAAGAAGUUUAAUUAGAAUGCAAGAGCAAGCAGGAUUAAAUGAUUCACACAAUAUUGAUUUAACUUUUUUGGUAAAUUAUAUAUGUUUUAUUUAUUUAAAUAGAUUAUUUAUCUCUGUAUCAAUGUUUGUUAAUUAAUAGACACAUUGAGAAUUGAAUUAAUAAUUUAAAAAUUAUAACUAAACUGACAAGAUUUUUAUUGUAUCAACUAUUUAGGUUUUAUUUGCAUUAGGUAAUCAAUAUGCAGCAAAUGAAAUGUACACAGAAGCAUUAAAUACGUACCAAGUGAUAUCUAAGAAUCGAUUGUUUCAAAAUGGUGCACGAAUGAGGGUAAAUGUUGCAAAUAUAUAUGAAAAAAUUGGACAGCCUGAAAAAGCAAUAAAAAUGUAUCGGAUGGCUCUUGAUCAGGUUCCAAACACCAAUAAGAGUUUUAAGUAAAUAAUAAAUUUACAUGUUUAUGCAUAACAAGGUACAAUAUAUUAUAAUUGGUGUUAUUUUUCAGGCGAGCUAUUACACAUAAUAUUGGUGUUAUAUUUUUGAAAUUAAGUAAAUAUGAAGAUGCUUGUUCAAACUUUGAGUAUAUAAUGCAUGAAAAACCUAAUUUUAAAGCUGGAAUGCAUGCCUUGGUGUGCUACUAUAUGUCAGGCAAUAAAGAGAAAUCAAAGCAUUUAUUCAAACAAAUGCUAGAAAUAUCAUUGGAUAUAGACUUUGAAGAUAAAUAUGCUGCUCAUUCUGUAAGAUAUACAAGUAGAUAAUACUUUACAAUUCUUAAAUUGAAAAAUUAAAAAUUAGAACUCUAUUGACUAAAUACAUUUUAGGAUGAAAUUGAAGCUACAUUACUAGCAGAAGCCAUAAAAUCUGAUUCGCUCACCACGUAUGAAAAACAAAUAAAGACAAAUUUUGAAAAAACAAUUCUUAAUGCGGCACAUCUUAUAUCUUCAAUUAUUGAAGAUACAUUUACUGAAGGUUACACAUGGUGUUUAGAAACAAUUAAAAUGUCACGUUAUUCAUAUUUGGCUGGUCACUUGGAGAUAAACAAAGCAGUUGGAUUUUUAUAUCAAAACAACAUAGCACCAGCAAUUGACACUCUUAAAGCAUUUGACAACAAGGAUAGCAAAGUAGCGAGUGCAGCUGCAACAAAUCUGUCGUUUAUACACUUUUUGGUAUGUCUAUUAACAAAAUGUAAAUCAAUAGUUAGUAACUAGUGUAAUGCAUAUAAUGUAUUUUUUAGAAAGGUGAUUUAGAACAAGCAGAAAGAACUUCAAUAGCAGCUUGUGAAACAGAUACAUCCAAUGCUUUGGCUUAUGUAAAUCAUGGAAACUGUUACUUUGUCAAACAAGACUAUUUUAAAGCAAAAGAGCUCUACAUACAUGCACUAGAGAGAGACGUGAUGUGUUCAGAAGCAAUGUACAACUUGGGUUUAACUAAUAAAAAACUUGGGCACUUAGACGAUGCACUAGAUUGUUUUCAAAAGCUUCAUGUUGUUAUAAGUAACCAUCCGGAAGUUAUUUAUCAAAUUGCAUUACUAAAUGAAAUGAUUGGUGAUCUAGAACAGGCGAUAGAGUGGUAACUAUAAAUAAGUAAACCAAUUUAAAUAUUGAAAAUAUUUUUAUUUUUUAUUUUUCCAUAGGUAUUUACAAUUACUGAGUAUAGUCCCUGACGAUGUUGGUGUUUUACAAAAAUUAGGCGAUAUUUAUGAAAAUAUAAAUGACAAACAACAAGCAUAUCAUUAUUAUUAUGAGGUUUCAAAUAGUUUACACAUACAUAAAAAAUGUUUUUAAUUUAUUUUAUUAAUUUAAAUUAAAUUUUAGUCCUAUCGCUAUUAUCCUUCCAAUUUAGAAGUACUGGACUGGUUAGGAGCAUACUUUGUUGAAAUGAAAGUUCCAGAAAAAGCAGUAGACUACUUUGAACAAGCUUCUCUUAUGCAGCCCGCUGAACCAAAAUGGCUCAUGUUAAUUGGGUCAUGUUAUAGAAGAGCAGGAAAUUUUCAAUUGGCUCUACAGACUUAUAAAGAUGUAUUAAACAAAUUUCCAGAUAACACAGAGUGUAUGUUAAUAUUUUAAUAUUAAAUUAAGAUUAAUUACAAUAAUUUUUGAGUAUAAUUAAUAUAUUGGUUUAGGUCUUAAACUAUUGAUCAGAAUAUGUACAGAUUUAGGAUUAAAAGAAGUAUCAGAAUAUAGUGAAAUGCUAAGAAAAGCUGAAAAAACUAAGGAUAUUAGAGAACGUAUAAGUACAGCUCGCACCGGUUAUCGCAAAACAAUGGAAACAAGGGGCAGCACCAGUGUGAUUUCAAAUUCUAAUACAAAUAACUAUACUCAAAAACAAACAACUUCAGGAGAAACAAAUAUAUAUGUACACAACAGCCCAAAAGAUCAGGGUAUUUUAAAUAUUAUUUUAAUUAUAAUAUAAUUAUUUAUGAGUUGUUCAGCAGUUCCUUAACUAUGGCAACGGCCCCUUUAAAUGCAACACUCAUGCUGGGAUGUCUGGAAACUAAAGUUUAACAACUUUUGAAAAAUAUAAUGUUCAGUAUUGAAUUUAUAAUCCUUUUAAAUGAUAUUUUAAUCAUUAUUUUUAUAAUGUUAAAAGUAUUUCAUCCCCCCCCUUAAAUGCACUUUAUUAACUUAUAAAUUAUUGUGUUAAGGACCUGUAGGUAAUUCUUCACAGCGACCACGAACAGCUAGAGGAGGAACAGCUAUGAUUACUACAUCAAUGCCUUUAACAAGUGCAUAUGCACGUCAAAAUAUUUCUGAUGAAAUGAAUAUUUAUGUUCAUCAAGACAUAAAAUCAACCAAUGGUAACCUGAAACAUUUUAUUAAUAACUUACUCUAUAUAAUAUAGUAGUUCAGUGCUUGGCCAUUUCUUUUAAAAAUUAAUAUGUUCCUAUUUAAUAUAUUUCUGAUUCAAUAAUAUUACUAAAGUUAAUAGUGUAGGGUUUCUAUUUUCUCUUAUCUACAUUCAGCUUAUAACGAGACCACAAUGACCUGCAGAAAGAAUAACAAUUAACAAUUUUGAAUUUAUAUCCUACAAAAAAAUGACUUAAGGAAUGUAUUCUUUCUAAAUACUGAAGUAAUAAAAUAUAUCUGUAUAUAAAUAUGCAUUUGUUUACUUUUUAUAGAAACUUAUAAUGAUCCAUUAGGACCCAUACAGAGACCACGCACAUCCACCUCAAGACCUAUUACAUCGUUGGAAAAAGAAUUUGCAAAUGAACAAGUUCAAGAUCUUUUACCAGAAUAA